AAGCGAGGCGAAAGCAAAUCCGUCGGUGCCGUGGAAAAGGCAUCGGCUUUGAUCUGUGCACCUUCGAUCGGCGAUUUGUAUCGAUCGCUGUUCGUCGUGCUCCUCUCCUUCCAAUCCAAUCCACAAAUUCAAGUUUCUCUCUCAUUUUUGCCAGUUUCCAGCCUUCACGGCGAGGAGAGGAGGGGAAGACCGAUCGGGUCGAUUCGAGUCCUCCUCGUUUGAUGCGAUUGAACAAAGGGAUCGAUCAACACGGCAUGGAAAAGCGCACAAGGAUGGAAACUCCGAAACCCUCGUCACGCGCUACCUGACGGUUCUCCAUCUCCCGGUGCCGAUCUAGGGUUCUGGAUCCUUGGUUGUUGGCCAUUUGCUGCAUCGGGCACAGGGAACGUGGGGUUGCACAGAUUCUUCUUAGGGCUCUCUGCGAGCGGUGAACCUUCAGGAAGCGGGUGUGGAUGGCGGUCAAUUAUCUCUACCUGUCAGCCUUCAGCACGACGGCCGGACUCGUCGCGCUGCAGUGGUGGACGGGUUUCUCUCUUGAUGGGAUGACAAGGGAUGGGUUGAUUGGUGGGGAAGGCGGUGGCGAUCCAUCGGAGAGUGCAGGGAGCGAUCUGGUGCUGCUACUUAGUUCCCGUGUCACCGUGGCUCUACUUGUGAAUUUCGUGAUCAAUGUUUAUAUCCUGGCAGUGUUACUGCUCAAGUUGCUAUUCUUUGUCCAAUUGACUGCAUCGGAGACUAGAAAAGUUUUGGAACGAUUCAUUAACUACAUUAUGUACAAGGGAGCCUUUCUUCCAUUGGUUGUACCACUGAAGAUUUCUCAUGUGAUCUUUUGGUCAACUUGGUUGAUCUUUCUUUGUUCCCUUAAGAUUUUUCAAUCAGUUGCAAGAGAUCGGCUUGAAAGAUUAAAUGCAUCUCCUUCCAUGACACCAUUGAAGUACUUUCGAGUUUAUUCUUCCCUGUUGCUGGUUCUUUUUGCAGACUUCAUUUGGAUGAAGCUGUGUAUGGUGCUGUGCAGUUCAUAUAGUUCUAGUUUGCUUAUGCUGUUGUUCUUUGAGCCUUUGAGUGUAGCUUUUGAUACAUUACAGGUCAUUAUGAUACAUGGAUUUCAGUUAGCUGAGAUUUAUCAACGGCAUUCCAGUGGAAAUGCGAGCUUAAACUUUGAUAUUCAGAAAACAACAGCAGGUUCUCUGUCUGAAUGGAAGGGACUUAUCUUAAGACAUUGUGGUUUCAUUCUAGAUAUGAUGACUUUGGUAAUGUCAUUAGGCCAUUACUUAAUGACAUGGUGGCUUCAUGGCAUGGCAUUUCAUCUAGUAGAUAUUGCUCUCUUUCUUAAUUUGCGUGCUCUUGUAAGUGCGGUUGCAACACGAAUUAAAGCUUAUCUUAAGUUAAGGAAGGCCCUGACUUCCCUUGAUGGAGUACUUCCUGAUGCUACAUAUGAGGAACUUUGUGCUUAUAACGAUAAAUGUGCAAUAUGCAGAGAACCAAUGGCCAGGGCAAAAAAGCUCUCCUGCAAUCAUCUAUUCCAUCUCGUGUGUUUAAGAUCUUGGCUGGACCAGGGUCUGACUGAGGGCUACUCUUGCCCUACAUGUCGGAGGCCAUUAUUUGUUCCUAAUGCUCAAGAUGGCUCAAGGUCUGCUUCUGCAACUGGUACAGAUGGCAACCAACUUGUUGAACAUCUUAAUUUAGGAUUGAAUCAAGCAAGAGUUCCUGUUCAUGCACUACCUUUAGGAGCAUCUCCAAACCAGCGACAGAAUACUUCUGAUACAAUUUGGAGGAGCGCCGCCUUCAACCCCAACUUGACACCUCCAUGGGUGAACCAAGGGAUGGAUGGUGCUAGUUCAUCUAGUUCGGUCAGAUCUGUUGGAUUUGAAGGUGUUCAGAUGAUGAUGAGGCAGCUCACAUCAGUUAGCGACAACUUUGCUCAUAGCUCACUAGACAAUGCUGCGUGGAAUCUGUGGCCUUCUCAGCACCCGGCAUCUCCUAUUGUUCCUGCAUCUUCCUCCAUUAGACCCACCAGAAACACAACUGAUUUACGAAUUCGGAGGGCUCCAUCAUCACCCGUCAACAAUAGCAUGCCAGAGUUACUUGCAAUGGUAGAUAGAGUUCGUGAGGUUUUACCACACAUUCCCGAUGAGCUAAUUGUACAGGAUUUGCUGAGAACCAACAACAUCAAUAUAACCGUGAAUAAUCUUCUUGUACAAUAACACAACCCGAGUUGCAGUAAAUAUAUUUAUAUUUUUAUUUAUAUAUAUCCGUAUCAACUAUCAAGCUCUGUACAUUAAAAUUUGGCAGAUAUAGUGGAGAAUACACGUUGCCAUCAGUUACCGUA